GGCAGACUAUGGUAUCUGCAUUUGUCUCCAAAUUCUCUGCCAAACUUGCCAGAGAAAUUCAUAGAAUUGCACAGUCAAUGCAGACGUCAUUGCCGCCGUUCACAUACACUGCUGGACCAGGUGCAUUAGCGUUCAAGGGGAACAACAAGAUAUUAAGACCUCUCCUGUCCACGUACACCGAUGAUGGAGCUGGAGCGAUGGUGCCACAGACCAAGUACAAAGCCAACCGCGACAAAUGCAAAUUCGCGCGGCAAGAGCUGGAGUACUUGGGACACUAUGUGACGCCGCAAGGCAUCCGUCCGCUUGCGGACAAGAUCGAGGUCAUCCGCGUAUGGCCCGAGCCCACCAACACCACGGACGUUCGUUCAUUCAUGGGGUUGGCAGGCUAUUAUCAGCGUUUCAUCACCGGAUACUCAAGGAUUGYCGCACCUCUGACGAGACUACAAUCGCCAAAGGUGCCAUUCGUAUUCGAUGACGACGCGCGCCAGGCUUUCCAGGCACUCAAGACGGCCAUGCUCAUGGCACCCGUCCUUAGCAUCUACGACCCCACUCUGCCUACGAGAGUGACGACUGACGCUUCCGGUUACGGCAUUGGGGCAGUCUUGGAGCAGCACGACGGCGAGGAUUGGCACCCUGUGGAGUAUUUCAUCCACAAAGUGCCUCCCAUCAAUUCUCUGGAUGAUGCAAGGAAGAAGGAGCUGCUUGCGUUCGUCAUGGCUCUCAAGCGAUGGUGGCACUUCCUUCUUGGGCGUCGUAGGUUCACAUGGGUCACGGACAAUAACCCAUUGACCUACUACAAGACGCAGGACACGGUGAGCAGCACGAUUGGACGGUGGAUGUACUUCAUGGACCAGUUUGACUUCACACCGAAACACGUUGACGGCCUCUCCAAUCGCRCAGCAGAUGCACUUUCGCGACGACCUGAUCUUUGCGCUAUGACGCAUCACGCCUUCGCGUUCGACGAGGACCUCCAGCGACACUUCAUCAGGGGCUAUCAGUCUGACCCAGAGUUUGCUAUGUUGUAUGCGCAGCUAUCUUCGGAUCACCCGCCGGCCAGCCACUAUCGCAUUGCCGACGGGUACUUGCUCCUCCACUCGAGAGGCAAGGACUUACUGUGUGUCCCACGCGACCGCCGUCUUCGGACUCGCCUUCUCGCCGAGUAUCAUGAUUCGCGACUCGCCGGCCAUUUCAGAGUCAAUCGCAUGAUUGCACGGCUUCGACAACAAUUCCGAUGGCCCGACCUCAUUUCCGAUGUCAUGCGGUAUUGCGAUUCUUGCGAAGUUUGCCGACGCAGCAAACCCCGCAACCGCAAUCCCUAUGGCGAGUUACGCCCGAUGCCUAUCCCCCGGGAACCCGGUAUCUCCAUUGCUAUGGAUGUCACCGGUCCGUUUCCUCGAGACCAGCUCGGGCACGACGGCGUCCUCACGGUUGUGGACCGAUUGAGCAAGUACGCACGUUUUCUUCCUUGCAAGUACUACUCCACGGCUCCCGAGCUUGCACGCCUCUUGCACACCGGUUGGAUUUGUGGCCACGGUGUACCCGAGGACAUAGUCAGCGACUGCGACACUCGUUUCAUGUCGACUUUUUGGACCUCUCUCAUGCAGGAGUCCGGCACGACGAUGAAACCCAGUUCGGCUAGGCAUCCACAGACAGACGGGAAAACGGAGCGGGCACAUCAGACCGCUCAAAUGAUGCUUCGUACGCUCAUCCGUCCGGACCAGAAAGAUUGGGUUGACCGCCUCCUCGACAUCGAGUUCGCCUACAACACUUCAGUGCACCCGGCGAUCGGUGUGACUCCAUUCGAGUUGCACCACGGUGGACGGAAAAGCCAUAUCUUCGCUGAUCUUCUCCUCCCUCGACCAGCUAACAUUGACGCCGCUUGCUCUCCUGCUUCCGUCCGGAAGUACAGGGAAUUGCUGGCUCAAGCCCGCACAAACAUGCAAAAGGCUCAAGUCCGCAUGCAGCAGCAAGCCAACAGGCGCCGCGUGCCAUGUCCCAUCCGCGCCGGAGAUCGAGUUUGGGUCUCCUCGGAAGAGUUUGCAUUGGAACAGGAUGUCUCACGCAAACUACUCCCUAAGUGGUUUGGACCAUGGACAGUGACAUCAGCCGCGGGCGAUGAGCCCGAUGGCCCUUCAUUUGUGAUCGACAUUCCUGAGCAUCUGACGGUUCAUCCAGUCUUUCAUGCGUCAAAGCUGGCAACAUAUACACCAGCUAAGAGCGAUGACUUCCCGGGUCGACGAUCGCAGGACCCUCCUUCUAUGGAUGGUCAUCAGGAGGUUGACCGCGUCAUCUCAGAUCGCAAGUAUGGCAGCAAGCCGCGUCAGUAUAAAGUUACAUUCAAAGCAUGCGAUCCCGACGACACUCGGUGGAUUUCAGGAGCAGAUUUGAAAGCGUACACACCGCUGAUCUACGCUCACUACGAGCGACAGAGGUUAGCCAAGGGACCUCCACGACCUGCCCCUCCCACCCGGACUGUGGUCCCUCCCUCAGACAGACAUCUUCGCCCUCGUAGGUAAGCUCGGUCUUUCAAGGAGGGGGGGGGUGUGGCAUACUGUGCAGCCACACGGGCCCUGCAGGGCCCGUCCCGGACCUC